AUGUGUUCAUUUAGAAAAACUAGAGACCUACUUGCUGUUGCAGUUGAUGACGGUUAUGUCAAUGAGGAAGAAUUUUUGUUGCAAUGGGAUGUGAAUACAUCAAAAAACCUCGACUUUCCCGUGCAUACGUACUCAAAGUUCGUGUUAGAUGAAAAAAAUGCUUCCGAAGUAAAAGCUGAGUUUCGCUUUGAGAAAAACGACAUCCCAACUUUAUUUGAUGUACUGAGGAUACCCGAGGAAUUUACAUGUCGACAAGGAACAGUUUGUGAUGGCAUGACGGGCUUGUGUAUCGUUUUGAAAAGGUUAAGCUAUUUUUGCCGGUAUAGCGACAUGAUUCCGACAUUUUGCUUUUCUGCUCCGGACGGUUGUGUAUGAUCUACAACACUGUUGUGGACUUCAUAUUCAACGAACAUGGCUAUCUCAUCAGUCAAUGGAAUGAGUCUCUUCUCAGUUCUGAAAAUAUGCAACGAUAUGCCGACUCUAUUUCCAGUAAAAGUGCCCCUUUGGGGAAUUGUUUUGGGUUCAUUGAUGGAACUUUCCGUCCUAUUUGUCGCCCAAAAAGAAAUCAGAGAGUUGUUUUUAACGGACACAAGAGAGUCCACAGUUUGAAAUUCCAGUCUGUUGCCUUGCCAAAUGGCAUGGUUGCCAAUUUAUAUGGUCCAGUGGGUAAGUUUUAUGUUAUUAAUACUGAAUAAAGGUAGUUAGUCAACUAAUUGAUAAGUUUAAUUAUAUAUAUACUAGUUUUGUUUUAUUUUUUCUCAACCUUGCACUUGGUUACAAUGCCACCCUCUAUACGCAGCAAAAAAUGCCACAAGUCGACAAGUUGCAACAAGCUUGUCAAUUUCAUCAACUUGCAACAAGCCUGUUAAAAUCAAGCUUGUUGCAACUUGUCAUCUGCAUACUUGUUGCAAGUUGCAUCAAGCUUGUUGACAUCAAGUCUGUUUUCAACAACUUGCAAUAAGCUUGUUCACAACUUGCAUUAGGCUUAUGAUCAAGCUGAUGCAAGCCAUGAGAACGCAUCCUGAUACGGCUUGAUAACAAGCCUGAUGCAAGUUGUCAGCAAGCUUGUUGCAAGUGGGGCAUUUUUGGCUGUGUAGGUGAGAAUCUUUCAGAGACGGACUUUUCAGAGACGGACUUGAUCCAAGUGCAGGUCGUAGCUAUUGACUGACAAGUUAUUUUGUGUCAUUUUGAGCAGAACGGAGCAAAGAGCAAGUAUGAAUCUAAUAAAAAUUCACGGUCGAAAUGGCAUAUUUUCGUCGUUGGAAAGUGAUGCCAAAGUUAACGUAUUCAGUGAAAAUUUACUCCCUUAGUCUAGGACCUGUAUAUGAGUUUGUAUGCAUUUCAUUUAGUACAGAUAAUCUCAACUGUUUUAGGGUAAGUUGACCAUGACAGUCAACAUGGUAACGAUGCCCGAACCCCAAUCCGGGGCGAAACGUUUGAAACUGACCACACUCAAAAACGACGCUUUCGCCAUACUGUUAUCUACCAAACCAUAAAAGCUUUGACUAUUGUGAGGUGCUUAUAUGGUUUAGAGAUGGUACUUUUGGGGGUGGUCAUUGGUAAGUGUGAAAUGCCUAGCACUAACAUUUCACAAGAAAAUGGCCAUGCAAUAAUCAUAGUUAAACGUCAAUUUGUGGCUUGCAAAUUCAGAUAAACAGCAGUGGACUUACAUUACCUUUUUCCCUAAAUCCUUUUGAUAGAAACAUAAAAGGUACUUAUUGAAAUAUAUUAUCACUGGUUGGGUGUAAAAUAGUUAAUAUUUUCUGACCGAAAUAAUAAUUUGAAUUGUGCCUACCUCCUGCAAAUGGACGUAUUUGGCCAAGUUCUCCACUUUACUCCGCUGUUUAUGGCGAUCUCGUCGACAUCCUACAAAAAUGUAAAUCAUCUCAGACAUAAUGGUAUCAAGAACAUUUUAAACAAGUUUCAACUUGGUUUCAAGUAGAUCAUACCUGUUUAACCAUCAACAAGGUAAAUCCACAACUUUGUCCAAAUUCGGCGCCAUUUUGUCAUCCCAUGUCGCUUGUUAACAAUUCAGCCUCAUUACUCUUCCAUCCAAGCCAUUUCCAUUCCACUAAUAAUAAAUUUAACCCUUUAUAACAGGAAGAAACUAAAAAAUUUAAACAAAAUAUAAGAAAUACGCCAUUUUAUCACCAGGUAAAAUUUUGCUCACGAGUCUUUCAAAACAUUCCGUACAAAUAUCGCGUGACAAAGUAACAGGGACGUGACAGGAGGGGGUGAAUUAUUUCACGAAGAUAGAAGGCUGCGUGAAAUAGACUAAAAGCUAAUACAAUCAUACAAAUGUUUGUUUUAUUUCUUGUAACGACAAAUAUAUACAUAUUAUUAUUUAUUAAUAUAAAAAGUCAUACAAAUUAAAUGGGAAUCCGAUUGUAAUAAAUAUGGAAUGGAAAUAAAUAUAUAAAAGAAUCUACGCGCGAGGUGCUGAAGGAAGUUUCAUUUAGGUUGGCCAUCGAAUUCCCAAUUCCCUCGGAAUUUCAUCGGACUUUGAAUUCCCUCCCUCAGACUUUUCAGAGACGGACUUGAUCCAAGUGCAGGUCCUAGCUAUUGACUGACAAGUUAUUUUGUGUCAUUUUGAGCAGAACGGAGCAAGUAUGAAUCUAAUAAAAAUUCACGGUCGAAAUGGCAUAUUUUUGUCGUUGGAAAGUGAUGCUAAAGUUAACGUAUUCAGUGAAAAUUUACUCCCUCUGGGACUUGAAGCUUAGAUGACGACCUUCACUUCAAUAACUGAACCUGAACUAUGCAUAAAUCAUAAUUAUAAAUAAUGCCUGGUAAAAUCUUGUAAACCCAGCUGCAAGCUCUUUGUUACCAUGACACAUUCGUGAUUAAUUGCGUUUUCUUUUGUUAAUUGUUGUGCACUGCUUUAAUUAGGUAUAGAGGUGAAAGUAUGUGAUUUUGACCGACAAUUUUUAUCGUUCCCAUAUUUGUUCCGUUUUGCCCAGAAUGACAAAAAAAAACAUGUCAUUCAACAGCAAAGACCCUGAUCUCUAUGAUCUUUACGAGCAUGUAAGCAGGUAGUCCAAACACGGGUAAAAUGGGUAAGAGUGCCAAUUUUAUUUGUGCCGCGCUACAAUUUGAGCGUAGUGUAAACGGGCCUUUUAUUUAACAUAUUUGCGCACGUUUGUCACCGUAAGCUAUGCUCCGGGUUGUGUCCGAUUUUAUGCUUUAAUUAGUUUCAUUCUUAGUUUACAGGGCAAUACUAUAGAUAUGCACUGUUUCGUUAUUUUGAAUAAUUUUCUUAAAGAUGUACUAAUAAUGCACUUGAAGUCUCAAAGUUUCAAUGAAAAGUGCAUUCAAAAUAAUACAAUGGCAUAUUAUGAGUAAUUGUGAAUUUGAAUGGGUUUUUUGAUACACCCUUUUUUGAUACUUUUUUGAUGCGCUCUUUAGCUGCAUGUGAUUGCCAACCUUAAGCAACAAAAUUGAAAAUCUUCAAUUAACAAUAUCAAAAAGCUAUGUUCAUACACCCAAGUAGUUAACGCACAAUGACAUGCCAAAUUUGGAUUACCUUCUUUUUCAUACAUUUCCCACAUGCAUAAUGUGACCAACGUCAAUCUAUUUCCUGUUUUUCGCUCCUUUAGGUACCUAAAUAUACCAAUUACCAAGUGUCGCUCACAAUUUCCAAGCAAGAACUGGAUGUUCGUUAUAGAGCUUUGGAGAAGUACUACGACGAAGACGACAACCUUCUUAGUCAGCAAGAGGUAUGGGGAACCUGGAAAGGAGUCACAACCAUCAGGGGUGACACCAAUAUUGUUAGCACACCAAUACCCACAAAGUAA